AUGUUCUUCUCGGCCGUACUUCCGCUCCUACUCUCCGCCGCGCCCCUCUGCGCCUCAGCUCCCGCGUCCGCUCUCACCCCGCCCAACAUCCCCUCCGCCUCCGCCGCCCGCGCCGCACUUGCCGAGCUCACUGUGGCUCCGCAGGGUCCGCAGGAUGGCUACUCCCGCGACCUCUUCCCCCACUGGAUAACGGUAUCCGGCGAGUGCAACACGCGUGAGACGGUGCUACGACGCGACGGCACAGACGUCACCAUCGACGAUAACUGCUACCCCACACAGGGAAACUGGUACAGUCCAUACGAUGGGGGUCGAUGGGAUCAAGCAAGUGAUGUGGAUAUCGACCACGUAGUCCCUCUGAGCAACGCAUGGAAGAGUGGUGCGAGAGAGUGGACAACGGAAAGGAGGCGGCAGUUUGCCAAUGACCUGGAGAAUCCGCAAUUGAUCGCGGUGACGGAUAACGUUAACCAAGAAAAGGGUGAUAAGGGUCCAGAGGACUGGAAACCUCCUUUGGAAUCUUAUUACUGCACUUACUCCCGCAUGUGGAUCGGGGUCAAGUCCGUGUACGACCUGACCGUGACUAGCGCAGAAAAGAGCGCACUGGAAGAGAUGCUGGGGCGAUGCUAG